AUUUUCUCUUUCUCAUCCUCUUUCCUUUCUGUCGGUGUUCAGAUCUUGCAACCUCUGCACUCUUCAUUCACACAUUUAACUUUUUUUUAUAUAUAAAUAUACACAUAUAUAUGUAUUUUUAUUCUUUAGUUUCUUGUUUCAAGAAGAUAAAAAGGAGGCGAAUUUUGGGUUAUUGGUUAAGUUUUUGAAGACUUGAAGGGAAAGUAAAAAAAGGAAAAAAAAAAAAAGGAGGAAGGAAAAGAAGUGUUGGAAGAGUAGUUUAGACUGAAUUAUCAAGGAGAGUUCUUGAGAGCUACUUUUUUUUGUAUGGUGGUUGAAUUGCAAUGCUGUUGUAAAAGAAGGAGAAGAAGAAGGAGAAGAAGAAGAAGAAGAAGCAGAGUGUAUGAAUGAUUUAGUUUGGAUUUUAUUAUGUUGGAGAAAUCAAUGGGAUUAUGGACUUAUGAUUCGGAGUCGAGGGAGAUGGGGCAAAUGUGGAUAAUUUCUUAGAUUUUCUUCUGUUUCUUCAUUCAACUUCAACUUUUUCUCUUCAUUGGGUUUUUACCAUCUGUUUCUUUGUGAUCUGGGAUUAAAUUUGGAUUCACAAAAAUGCAGCCAGAUCACCAAAAGAAGAGUUCAACAGAGAUGGACUUUUUCUCUGAAUAUGGUGAUGCCACUAGAUUUAAGAUUCAAGAAGUUAUAGGAAAAGGCAGUUAUGGUGUUGUGUGCUCUGCAAUUGACACCCAUACUGGUGAAAAAGUGGCGAUCAAGAAAAUACAUGAUAUUUUUGAGCAUAUUUCUGAUGCUGCCCGAAUUCUUCGUGAGAUAAAGCUGCUCAGACUUCUUCGGCAUCCUGAUAUUGUUGAGAUUAAACACAUUAUGCUGCCUCCAUCCCGCAGGGACUUCAAAGAUAUUUAUGUUGUUUUUGAGCUCAUGGAGUCAGAUCUUCAUCAAGUUAUUAAAGCUAAUGAUGAUUUGACUAGAGAGCACUACCAGUUUUUCCUUUACCAGCUACUGCGUGCAUUGAAAUAUAUUCACACUGCAAAUGUCUACCAUAGAGACUUAAAACCCAAGAAUAUUUUGGCAAAUGCAAACUGCAAGCUUAAGAUAUGUGAUUUUGGUUUAGCUAGAGUUGCAUUUAAUGAUACACCUAUGACAAUUUUCUGGACGGAUUAUGUUGCUACAAGAUGGUAUAGAGCUCCAGAACUCUGUGGAUCCUUUUUCUCCAAGUAUACACCUGCAAUUGAUAUAUGGAGUAUAGGGUGCAUCUUUGCUGAGGUAUUAACUGGGAAGCCACUUUUUCCGGGUAAAAACGUAGUUCACCAGCUGGAUUUGAUGACUGAUCUGCUUGGUACACCUUCAUUAGAUACCAUCUCUCGAGUUCGUAAUGAAAAGGCAAGAAGAUACUUAACUAGCAUGAGAAAAAAGCAAUCGAUCCCAUUUGAACAAAAAUUUCCAAAUGCAGAUCCUUUGGCUCUACGUCUACUGCAAAGAUUGCUUGCCUUUGAUCCAAAAGACCGGCCAACAGCUGAAGAGGCUCUUGCUGAUCCUUACUUUAAGGGGCUGGCAAGAGUUGAGAGGGAGCCUUCAUGUCAACCAAUUACAAAGAUGGAGUUUGAAUUUGAGAGGCGAAGGGUCACAAAAGAUGAUAUACAAGAGCUAAUUUUCCGUGAGAUACUGGAGUACCAUCCUCAGCUGCGGAAAGAUCAUAUGAAUGGAACUGAGAGGGCAAACUUUCUCUAUCCAAGUGCGGUUGAUCAAUUCAAAAAGCAGUUUGCACAUCUCGAGGAAAAUGGUGGUAAAAGUGCACCAGUUAUUCCACUCGAAAGAAAGCAUGUCUCCCUUCCGAGGUCAACAAUUGUACAUUCCAAUACCAUUGCCCCUAAAGAGCAGCAGCCAAGCCUCAAGUCCUUAAAAGAGAGACAAAAUGCAGAGGAGGCAUAUCAAGCCUCAAAAUCCUUGCAGGCACAACAAAGAAUCCUUCUAGCUAAACCGGGAAAGAUAGUAGGCCCCGUUGCGCUGUAUGAGAAUGGAACAAUCAUGAAAGAUGCCUAUGAUACGAGAACAUUCAUAAGAAGCACAGGUCUUCCACCACAGGCUGUCCACCCUGCAUAUACUUAUUCAAAAUCUAACACUGGAAAUCAAGAAAGAAGCGAAAGGGAGUUGCCUUCCCAAGCUAAACAAGGUCCUCAAUGCAGCAUGGCAGCCAAAUUUGCACCGGAUAUAGCUAUCAACAUCGACUCGAACCCGUUUUUCAUGACCAGAGUGAAGAAGGUGGAGCCGGCUGACAAUAGAAUCACCAAUGAUACGAACUUGCUGCAGGCAAGAGGUCAUUAUAGUGGAAUAGGUGUUGGUGCAAGUGCUGCAGCAACAGGCCCUGCUCAACGGAAGGCGGGAACGGUUCAAUAUGGCAUGACAAGGAUGUAUUAGUGAAGGAUUAGGGGAAGUGUUACGAAGUAAAUGGAUCCUAUUGUUUAGUGGAGUCUGUAAAAAGUGAGGAAAGCUAGCUUUCUCAGGUAAACCAUAGGCUCUAAUGGGAAAAAUACUACAUGUCAUACGUUUAAUUUUAUUAUAUAGAAUAAAAAUAAUAAUAACACUCUUCGUCCAGUAUGGUUUAAUUACAUGCGAUGUAAUGUAAGAUUGGAUCAUAUACUUGUGUUUGAUUCAAUCAAUAAAAUUUGGUACUAUCAUAUCACUGCGCUAUAUACUCAUGCUUGGUUCAAUAAAUAUAUUUUUAUGAUUUUGGUUCA